AUCGGAUCAUUUGGUGGAUUUAUUGUCCAUCAAAUUGGUGCUCUUGUUGAGAGUUCGAGAAUCAUACUCAGAGGAAAUCCUCCACAAAGUCGAUGGUGCAAACACGCAGCAACGCCAAUGUAGGUACCGGAGUUCCCCAACAGGGGGAGAAUAGCGCCACUGGAGGCCGGCACCCCCCCAUCACCACGGGGGAGGCUGAGGCCCUCAUCCAGAGGGUUGGGAUCACAGCCGAGCAAUUCAAGGAGGUUCUAGCUGCACUCACACCCAAUCGCGAGAUUGUGGUAGAACAGGUAGCUGGGGGACCCACAGGCGGGAAGGCUGGACCUGCGGGCUCCCAAGGGAAAAAGAAGAAAGUAAGGUGGUCCCAGAAGAAGAAGGCGACCAAGCCUAAUGGGAAGGCUGUGAUGGCAGAUGCUCUUUCCAGACUGGACGAAGAGGACGAGUCAUCCUCCUUCAAGCGGAUGUCUGCUUUUGACCGUUUGGGAGACCCCAAGUCAAAGAAACCUCGGACCUCUACGUUCGAACGGUUGCAGGACACUCGGUCGGCCCGAAAAGGCGAUUUAAGGGACACGCUGAAGGAGAAGAGAGGGGAGUCCACAGCGACCUCCAAGAUCGGUUCUGAGGAGCGAUGGGCGACGGUCGGGGACAAAGGCGCGGCCGAGCUGUGGAGAAUGUACGAACAACUGGAGAAGCGACUGGACGCCCAGAACCCCUACCGCCAGGCGGUCUUCAGUGAGGUAACGCCCUUCUCCAGAAGGAUAAUGUCUUGUCCUCUCCCAGAUAAUUUCAAGACUCCCCAGAUCAAAGCGUACAACGGGACAACCGAUCCCCAGGAUCACCUCGCUCGCUUUGGGGCAAACGUGGUCAUGUAUGCGUACCCCGAAGAAAUCAAGUGUCGGUGUUUCCUGGCGACACUGGAAGGGCAGGCUUGUGAGUGGUUCCACAAGUUACCCAAAGGUUCGAUAGAUAAGUGGAGCGACCUGGCCCACAUGUUCUUGGAGCAUUUCGCGUCCAGCCGAAGACAAAAGCUCCCCUUCUCGCACUUGCUCAACGUGAAGAUUCGAAAGGGAGAGCAGCUCCGGGAGUUCAUCAAUAGGUGGGAAAAGGAGGCUAGGGAUGUCCAAGGGGCGGAUGACCAAGCCCUGGUCGCCAUGCUCCAAGCUGCACUCCCCCAAGGGGAUGUGCGCAAGGAGCUGCGCUGGAAUCCUCUCUCGACCUAUCAGGAGAUGUUGGCCAGGGCGAAGUACCUGGCGUUGGAAGAAGAAGAUGAUGAGCCACCAGCCCGGAAAGAGAAGAAAAGCGGGCCACCGGUGGCAGAAGGAAAGAAGAGGAAGGACUACGGUAAGGGGCCGAACCCCACCGGCACCCACAACACGUCGGAGUGCGUUACGCUGAGUAAGGAGAUGGAUCAGUUGAUCGCAAGGGGGCCACCUCCUCGGUCGGAGCGACCGUCCUCAAGUAACCGGACCUGGAGGAGACCGCCAGCCCCCACGGUAGCGAUCACAGCAGGAGAGGGGCAGGAGGAUGGACAACGGCAUCUAGGAAGGGAUUGUGAUGAUCUAGAUGAGGAGGAAAGGCAAGGUCGUCGGCACCUAGGGUGUCGGUUCAUCAUGGGGGGAAACACUGGAGGGGAUUCAGUAUCCUCCCGGAAGAAGUGGAAGAACAUGGUGUACCUGGCCGAGGUACAAAGGCCGCCGCUGCCUAAGCGGAAGAAGAAGGAACCUCUGGUCUUUACAGACGAAGAUUAUCCCCCAAUUCUCAGCCCUCACAGGGACGCUCUGGUGAUAAAGGUGGAAAUCAGGUUGGAGGACCUGGAGUGCGUAAUCUCCCCCGUCCACUUAUGCCUAAAGUUCAAUACCCCCACUGGGGUGGGGGUGGCGAAGGGGAACCAGAGCCUGUCACGGUCGUGCUACGUUAGGGCGACCAAAAGCCAGGCCCGAGUCGACGAGAAUGUGAGCACGAUCUGUGUGGCAAUCCAGAGGGAGGAGGGGCGACCUCGAGCUGAGCCGGCGGAAGAAGUCGAAGAAGUUUCUUUGGACCCGAUCAAGCCAGAGCGGAAGGUGAAGGUGGGCAAAACCUUACCGCUUAAAUUAAAGGAGCAGUUAUUGGAGGUCCUCCAAGCAUUCAAGAUAGAGUUUAAGCCACGACCGGCGAUAAAGGGGCAGGCGUUGGCAGAUUUCGUGGUAGAAUGCACAGCAAGAGAGGUGGAGUCUAGUGGAGAAGAACCCGAAGGGAGCUGGUGGACGGUGUACACUGAUGGUUCGUCCGCGACUGAUGCUUCUGGGGGAGGCGUCGUGGCGAUAUCACCGGAAGGGUUCAAAGCAUACUACUCCGUUAGAUUCCGGUUUAAAGUCUCAAACAAUGAGGCUGAAUACGAGGCGCUGCUUUGCGGUUUGAGGCUAGCAGCUUCAUUAAAAGCUGAACGAAUUCAAGUCCGGUGCGAUUCCAAGCUAAUAAUAGUAGGUCAUGUCACUGGAGAGUUUGAGGCCAAGGAUGAGCGAAUGAAGAAGUAUAGAGACAUCGCCCUGGAAUUGCUCAAAGCGUUUGGAGCGUACCGGAUAGAGCAGGUACCUCGAGAAGAAAAUGCUGAGGCGGACAUCUUGUCAAAGCUUGGCCCAGAUUCCCCAGAUCAUAUCAAGGCAAUGACCCAGGAAGAAGAAUUGCUCGAACCAAGCAUCAGUCUCGGACAAGUAUUGGUCAUCACACUCAAGGAGCCAGCGGAUUGGAUCGAUGAGAUUACCAUGUACCUCCUUGACGGGUCGCUACCUACCGACCCAAUCACAGCAAAAGUGGUAAAACGACGUGCACCCAGUUACACGCUGGAGUGCGGUCGGCUGUACAAGCGGUCAUACAAUGGUACAUUGUUGAGAUGCUUAAGAGCGGACGAGGCGCAGAAGUUAAUGGAGGAAAUCCAUGAAGGGAUAUGCUCAGCGCAUCAGGGAGCCUUCACCAUGUCCAGGAAGGUAACACUGCAAGGAUACUUUUGGCCAACGAUUAUCAAAGAUUGUGCAGAAUACGUGCGGAGAUGCAAGAGCUGGGGCAUAAAGCACAGCUAUGCAGCGGUCGGGUACCCCCAAACCAAUGGACAAGUCGAGAACACUAAUCGUACCAUCGUGGACGGUCUCAAGAAGAAGAUAAUGGAAUGCAAAAGUGCCUGGGUAGAGGAGUUGCCCUACAUCUUGUGGACCUAUAGGACCACCCCGAGGAAGGCUACAGGUGAAACUCCUUUUUCGCUCACAUAUGGAUUCGAAGCAAGGGCUCCAGCGGAGACCUCGUUGCUGAGUUAUAGAGUGGAGACGUUCGACGCCCAGGAGAAUGAAGAAAACUUGAGGGCAGAGCUGCACCUCAUUGAUGAACGAAGAGAGAGGGCGUACAUACGGGCAGAGAACUACCGCCGGCAGGUCAAGUCAAACCACAACCAACGUGUGCGACCAAGGCAGUUCAAGGUAGCCGACUGGGUCCUUCGGAAAAGGGAGGUCAGCCGGCCGACCGAUGGAGGGAAGUUUGCCAAAAGCUUCGAAGGGCCAUAUAUCAUAAAGGAGGUGUUGGCUGACGGGACAUUUAGAUUGCAGACUCUAGCCGGUGGCGACGUUCCGCGAGUAUGGAAUGCCGCCAACCUUAUUAAAUUCUAUCAAUAGAUUGUAUUCCAGCCAUGUCUCUCUCUUGAAGUUUAAUAAAACCAGCAUUCUGGCACGUCUUGUCUCCAAUUCCAAAAAAAAAGGGAGGGACCACAAGAGAUCGCUAAGCCUAAAUUGCAUGGUGAUUCGUGCUAAGAUACCCAGUGGGGGGUGAGGCGUCGAACCCUAUCGAGCGACCAAGGUUGAGGGUUGUCAAGCGACGCGACUAAUCAGAGGACGAUGUCGUGGCAAGAAAGCCUGAGAAAACGG